AUGGUGGGGAAGUUAGUACAUAAGUUUUUGAACUAUGGAAAAAGCAAUAAAGAAUCCUUGGCUCAGCUCUUUGUUACUUUACUAAUCAAGUUAUCAUCUAUUGAAAAGCUUUGGCCCAAAGGUAUCUGUGCGAGCACAUUUGAAGGAUCCUGGAUAUCUAAAACAUGGGAUUCAAAAGUUGGCUGUAUUAGUGUUGAGGAUUUCACAGAUCGGUCUCAAAAUGUAGCAAGGGCAGUAGGCAAAGAAGAAGUAAAGAAGAUCUACAAGUGCAUUAAACUUUCUAUGUCGUAUGUUUUUGCCUUCAUGGAUGGCCAGGUUCAAGGAUCCAGGUUAAGGGAAGUUUUGUUUGGCAAGGGUGCUAUAACUACUACAUUGGGUACACCUACUACAAAUUUUGUUAAAAAUGAAACACAGCCUUGCAUUGAAUCUGUCCAGACAAAACGGAGGCUAACUACAGAAGGUUGGGGAGGAACACAGCAAACAUUGCCUUCUGACCCUAUCUUAACAAAAAGGAUGCGAUCUAUGAGAAGUUGGGGAGGACAACCCAGAGAUGGUUGGGGUGGAGCACCCAGAGAUGGUUGGGGAGGAGCACAGGAAGAUAUGCCUUUUGGUCCUAUCUUGACAAAAAUGCCGCAAGCUACUGAAGGAUGGGGAGGAGCACCUACUGAUAGUUGGGCAGGAGCUCCUAUAUAUGGUUGGGGAGGAAGACAGCAACCAAUUGCCCUUGGUCCUAUCCAGACAACACAGAUUCAAUCUACAGUAGGCUGGAGUGGAGCACAGCAAGCUUUUUCCUUAGAUCCUAUCCAGCCAGAACAGAUGCGUUUUCAACAAGGUUGGGGAAGGAUGUAACAAGUUAAUGAUGAGACUUUUGGCAAUGUAAAUCCGAAUUUAAAUCAUUCAAAUUGUUGUUAUAGAAAUCCAUUCGCUUCUAGUUUAGGUAAUCAGAUGUCUUGCGACAGAGAAAAUUCCUCCUGGUCAUACCAAUAGCCCGUUCAGGUCCUAAACUUUAUAUGGUCUUCUACAGCCAACUUUUGUUCCUCCAAAGCAUCCUCUGGGUUUUCAUGGGUCCCGUAGCAUAACUUGGGUGGUUUGGAUAAUGUCAAGUCAAACAUAGGCAUGUAAAAUGUGUGAACCAUUCCAAAGGAAAAUCUGGGCAUAGGCCACCUUCCAAUCUAAGAUAAAUAGAAUUUCGUUGAUUCUUGCACUUUUCCUAUUUUCUUUUAGGUGCCUUUUUUGGCGGUUUGGCCUCAUCUCUCUAUCCGGUGGAAUGUUGGGUAUUCUGUCAUGAAAUAGAAGGUUACUUCAAACUGACAUCCACAUUAGAAUACAUUUUCCAUUCAGAUCACAAUCAAGAGAGUGCAACAGUCCGUAUAUUCCUUUAAGCUUGGAGUGCUAAGUUUGUCUAUCUGAUGGAACAGGUUGAAUGCUCUUUUUCUGGGUAUUUGUUU